AUGGCCCCAUCCAGAAAGCCACGCUGCCAGUUCAAGGCCUGCAAGGAACUCGCCCAACGCAUCGUCGGCGAUUGCGGCUUCUGCAAGGGCCAGUUCUGCAGCAAGCACCGCAUGCUCGAAUCACAUAGCUGCAGCGGCCUCGAGGAUUGCAAGAAGGAAUCACACGCCCGUAAUGCCGAGCGGCUGAACUCCGAGCGGACAACGGUGGUUAAGGGUGUGUGA